UGCUGUGCUACUGCUCAUUUUGGCCUAACUCAAACAUUAGAUGAAAUGCAAUUUGAUCGAGGAAUAUGGGCAAGUGCUGUCAAUGGUGACUUACAACGUCUUAAGCGAUUCUUAGCUAAAGGAACUGACGUCAAUGUUACCGAUAAAGCCGGCUAUACCGCAUUGCAUUAUGCUAGUCGUCAUGGACACUAUGAAUUUUGCAAAACCCUCCUGGAGAAUAAUGCCACAGUUGAUUGUUUAACCGGCAGUGGUAAAUCAACUCCUUUGCAUCGUGCAGCUGGCCAGGGACAUUUAAAGAUUAUAAAUUUACUCUUAAAAUACUCCGCUAGCUGCAGCCUUCAAGAUGCAGAUGGCAAGAAUGCUGCUCAUAAGGCGGCGGAAAACGGAUACAAGGAUAUUGUCUAUCUACUACAAAAAUACAAUCCGAAUGUACUGGAGGUCAAGGAUAACAAGGGCAAAACACCUCAUGAUUACCUU